AUGAAGUUCACACACCGGAUUAUCAUCACCAUCAUCAUCACCAUCAUCACCACCAUCAUCUAAAUUUACCUCAAAUACAGGAUUUUUAAUUUUUUUAUUAUUAUUUUUUUUUUUAACUUUUUAAGAAUUCAUACAAAAUGUAUGAAUGUGUUCAUAAUUUUUUUAGAAUUUUUAUUUUUUAACUUUUCUUGUCUGCUUUUUAACAUUUUCAGAAAAGCAAAGUUCUAUUAUUUUUAAUUUGUUUAUAGUUUUGUUUGUAUGUUUUUUUUUUGUUGCCUAAAUAAUUACUAACAGACGGUAUUAUUUUAUUUAUUUUUAAUUUAUUUUACAUUUUGUUUGAUUUAAUAAUUUUCAAGGUGGUAGUGAAUCCGAGUUUUAACAUUUAUCAUUACUAUUAAUAUUAUUAUUAUUAUUGAAAUACACUUUAUACAAAUUCAAUUGUACACAUUAAUACUGUGUGGCGAUGGCGAGCGCGUCCCUGAAGCUGUGUGGUUUCCUCCUGAGUUUUGUGGGGUGGAUCUGUGUGAUCAUCGCCACCUCCACCAGUGACUGGGUGAUCCUCUGUAAAUACGGCAUGAACACGUGCAGGAAGAUGGACGAGCUGGAAACCAAAGGCUUGUGGGAGCAGUGUGUGAUUUCAACAGCACUGUACCACUGUUACUCCCUCAACCAGAUCCUCAAGCUUCCCGUGUACAUUCAGACAUGCCGAGCACUGAUGAUCUCAGCAUGUAUCCUCGGUUUACCUGCUGCUGCGCUCCUGCUCUCCUCUAUGCCCUGCUUCCAGCUCGGAGACGAUUCGGUGAAAGACAAGAACAAACGCUCAGCGAUCGGAGGAACCCUGGUGCUCAUAGUGGCCGUGUUCUGUCUGGUGUCCACCAUCUGGUUCCCAGUUGGAGCUCAUCAGGAAUUGGGGUUGAUGUCGUUUGGGUAUUCUCUGUACUCCGGAUGGGUGGGUGGGGCUUUGUCUCUCCUGGGGGGCUGCAUCCUCGCCUGCUGCUCUAUUGACUCCACCUCCUCAUACAGCCAAAAUAACCGCUACUCCUACUACUCCAAACAGAACCCACCCACCAACCAGACUCCGCCCCCUGGAAACCACGCCAAGACUGCACAUGUCUGAUGUCCCUAGAGUGUAACACUCUCUCUCUCUCUCUCUCCGUCUCUGUCUUUUUUUACUUUCUCAUCAUUGUUAUAAAUAUCUUCAGUUUCUGGUUUUAUGUUGUUUUUUUUUUUGUUGAUUAAUAACAUAUUGUUAUGUUAAAUAGUGAGUUUUGGCCCAAUGGUGCAAUACACACUGUGCACUCUAGUGUCUAGUCUACGAGUGAUAAAAGGGUCUUAAUUAAAGGGUCUUGGUGCACUAACAGAUUUUAAUAACAGGAAGUAGAACCCGUCUCUCAGUCGAUGGGUAAAUUAAAAGACAUUUAUUAGACGUCUCGUUCAAUGGAGUGCCGUAACCAUCUUACGAAUUUUUUUUCAUCCAGCGUCAGCUCCUGGUAGCCCCACCCCCUUUUCCUCAAUGUUUGCAUAGCUGCAAGUGCUGAGUGCAGGAAGUUUCUGACAUUCACACUCGGUUUCUUCCAUUAAAAUAUGUACAUCAUCCAAGACUUAAAGUGUACUUCCUCUUCCUCUUCUUCAUCUUCUGUCUUUUUCAUUGUGAACACAUGACUCACACUGUUGUACUAUACCAUAUAAUUAUAUGUGUAAUUAUGAGAUUUGGGAUCCAGCUAUUGUCUCGAAAUUGAGAACUAUUUAUUAUUUUAAACUGUAUAAGUCAGUCUUGUGUGUGUUAUGUGUGUAGUUUUCAUUUAUUAACCUGUUAAUCAAUGAUUUUAGCAUUUUCAUUUUAAUAUAUUCUUUUGACUCCUAACACAAACACUAUAGUCCUGUGAUAUAACAGUGCAGUAAACCUGAGCGUGUUGAUGUAAAUUAACACUCAUUAGAUGUUUUGUCUUUAUUUUAUCUCUGGCUUUCUGAAUAUCUGGAAUAUUGUACAGUAAACAUUUAUACUCUAAUAAUCCCUCCAUUAGUCUGACUGAUACACUGCACUGUGCUGAACAUUACAACUGAAUUAAACUGAAUAUUUAUAUAUUAAUAAGUAAAAAUAAUGACAACAAUAAUAAUUUUAAAUAUUAAAUUGUAUUGAAAUUAAAUAUUAAUUGGAAAUAAGUUCUUAAAGUCAAAACAAUGAGAAAUAACUACAAAUCAUGUCACUUUUUCACACUUGAGCAGUUCAGGUCAUUCUGCAUGUUUAAUAUCUGAGUCACUGUAAUGCUCACGGUGGCAUUUUUGAAUCUCAACAAAGCUUAUGUAAUUAAAUCUAAUAUUUUUAUACAUAAAAAAAAAACAGUUUUGCUCAUAAUUGUAAAUGUUGAUUGUUUUAAAAAAAUGUUUGUUUUUUGUAUUUUAUUCUCAUUGUUUUUGAUACAAAACAAACCUCAGAUGGCCACAUAAACAGCUCCAGACUUAUUUAUUACAAAACACCUGUUUGUAAUUUUUUAAAAUUAUUUUAUUAAUGAAAUAAAAAGU